UUAAGACACCGUCACCAAUCUCUAAUAUGUCAGAGGAGAGGGAUUAGCCUGAUUUGACUCAUCACAACAACAACAACAAUAGGGCGGUAUGUGAAACACAGAACAUUGGAUCUGAAAAAAGCAUUAAAAUGUGUCAGAUAAAUAUAAACACAGCACAAACACUGUAUUGAUAUGUAGAAUACUGUAGGAGAGCAUUGCCACCUAGUGGUCAGAAUGAUAAGAAAAACACAAUGUGUCUUAUCCCAUCUCACCUUUAGGAAUGUGUGUUGUCCGGGAUAAUGUCCGUGAAUGGGAAAAAAGUUUUGCACAUAGAUCGAAACGACUAUUAUGGAGGAGAAAGUGCGUCAAUCACACCCCUGGAAGAGCUUUACAGAAGGUUUAAUGUGAUCGGUCCGCCAGAGCCAAUGGGCAGAGGCAGAGAAUGGAAUGUUGAUCUUGUACCUAAGUUUAUCAUGGCCAAUGGUCAGCUGGUGAAGAUGUUGCUAUACACAGAAGUCACUCAGUUUAUCGAUUUCAAAGUAGUGGAUGGAAGCUACGUGUACAAAGCCGGGAAGAUCCACAAGGUGCCCUGUACGGAGGAGGAAGCCUCGGUCUCUGAUUUAAUGGGGAUGUUCGAAAAGAGACGUUUCCGCAAAUUCUUACUGUUUGUCUUACAUUUCAAUGAUCACGACGUUAAAAAUCAUCAGGACAUAGAUCCCAGGAGAAUGACCAUGCGUGAGGUGUACAGGAAGUUCGACCUUGGGCCGGAGGUGAUGGCAUUCACUGGGCAUGCGCUGGCAUUGUACAGGACAGAUGACUACCUGGACCAACCAUGUCUGGAGACCAUCCACCGAAUCAAACUGUACUGCGAGUCCCUGGCGAGGUAUAGCAAAAGUCCUUACCUCUACCCUCUGUAUGGUCUCGGGGAGUUGCCGCAGGGCUUUGCCAGGCUGAGCGCUCUGUAUGGUGGGAUCUAUAUGCUCAAAAAACCUGUGGACGAGAUAUUGAUGGAGAAGGGGAAAGUAGUCGGAGUGAAGUCCGAGGGCAAGAUCGCACACUGUAAACUGUUAAUCUGUGACCCCAGUUACGUUCCCGACCAAGUGAAGAAAGUUGGGCAGGUGAUAAGAGUCAUCUGCAUCCUCAGCCAUCCAAUCAGGAACACCAAUGAAUGCACGUCUUGCCAAAUCAUUAUUCCCCAGAUGCAAGUCAACAGAAAAUCGGACAUCUACGUGUGCAUGGUCUCCUGCUCGCACUGUGUGGCAUCAGAUGGGAAAUACGUCGCCAUCAUUAGCACAACGGUAGAAAGCGAGAAUCCGGAGAGCGAAAUCCAACCCGCCCUGGAACUGCUGGAACCGGUCGAUCAGAAGUUUGUGUCCAUUAGUGACCAGUAUAUCCCGAAACACGAUGGAACGCGAAACCAGAUUUUUAUCUCUCGAUCAUACGAUGCCACCACUCACUUUGAGACGACCUGCGAUGACAUUAGGGACAUCUUCCACAGGAUGACUGGUGCCACCUUGGACUUCAACGACAUGUGGUGCGCGGCCUCCGACACAUACAAACAAGAUGGAGAGUGACACGAUGUUAAUUAACUCAUUAAUAUUUCUACUUUUUCCACUGCCUUGAUUGUGUCUCAUCUUCUGCGGACGUUGAUUUUCUUGCUCGCUGGGACACUUCCAUCAGUUUUGGACCUAGCUUACCCGCUGUCAUGUGUCAGACGUCUGCUUAAUAAGUCUUUCUAUAUUUGCAUUUUAAAUAUAUUUCUUUACACUAUAGUAAAAAGACAAAAAUGUAAGAAAAUUGUAAUUCAGGGCAUCUCAGAAUAUGGCAGUACAAACUGUUCUCAUGAAGAUGAGAGUUGAACACACAUGAAAUUCAAUAAGGAAGACA